AUGUAUUCAAAAGCCAUGAUCCGCCAAAUUCACGCUGGCGUCUCGUCGAUCGGCUUGGCGCUGAACUUGCUGGCCAUUUUCCUGAUCCUCAAAAAUAAACACAGCGUUGUCGGCCGAUAUGCAUAUCUCUUAUUCUGCUUCUCAAUUAUCAACCUCGUCUACGUUUUGGUGGAUUUGCUAUUUGCUCCCGCCAAUAUCGUCUCCGGACACACAUUCAUGCUAGUAAAUCUGUCAGUUUCAUUACCGACACCAUGGCUGAAUUACAUCCCAGUAAUACUCUACUGCGUCUUGUGCUGUCAAACUCUGGUCUUCUUAAUGUUCCAAUUUGUCUACAGAUACGCUCAACCCGAACUCAACCCCGAUCUCUGGGUGGGCUACCUCGGCACAUUUCUGGUAAUCGGCAUGUUGGCCUCGAUCUGGAUGGUCAUCAUCUACUCCGGCUACAACGUCUACAAUGCGUUGAGCACCGCCAGGAUCGACCUCAUUCUACCGUAUCUUCUGCUGCCGGAGCGUCACCGGAAGCCAAGUGUACUCCAGUCAAAACGCCAAAUUCUCCCAACAAAUCAAAGCGAACUCGAC